UAUGAUCGGUAACAAGGAAAAACAAAUAUUAAAUAGCAUUCUUGAAAGAACCUGGAAAAAAAUCAAAAUAGACAAAAUAGCAAAGAGAGAUCCAGAAAACAAUAGUCUUGUAGAUCUAAUAUAUGAACCAGAAAAGAUUAAAGAAGAAGUUAAAAGAUACUUUAGCGAGCAAUAUAAACCAAAACCAAGCAACAGAAAAGAUCUAACCCCAGAAUAG